AUGUUGUCUGAACUGGGUAGGAUGCCGAUGAUUGGGGAUAAUGAUAAUUCAUUUGGGGAUGAGUUUGAGAAGGAGAUGGGUUUGCUCUUGCGUGAGCAGAGGAGGCAAGAUGCUGAUGAACUCGAAAAGGAGCUGAAUUUGUAUAGGAGUGGAUCUGCCCCGCCUACUGUAGAGGGUUCAUUGAGUGCGGUAGGUGGCUUGUUCAACCACGGGGCUGUUGAGGGUGGAAAUAAUGGUGGGGUUGGCAUCGGCCCCGAUUUUGCUGAGUUUGCAAGAAAUAGAAGUGGGAAUGGGUUCUUGUCUGAAGAGGAUCUUAGGUCUGAUCCUAAGUAUCUGUCUUAUUAUUACUCGAACGUCAAUCUGAACCCGAGGCUGCCUCCUCCUCUGCUGUCGAGGGAGGAUUGGAGGUUUGCUCAGAGGUUACAAGGAGGGAGCUCGGCAAUUGGGGAUCGGAGGAAGGUGAAUAGGAAUGACAGUGGCAAUGGCGGACGGUCAAUGUUCUCUAUGCCACCCGGAUUCAAUUCUAAGAAGCAAGAGAGUGAAAAUGAGGACAAACUGCAGGGUGGUACUGUGGAAUGGGGUGGUGAUGGACUUAUUGGGUUGCCUGGAUUGGGGCUUGGUAGCAAGCAGAAGAGUCUUGCUGAGAUAUUUCAGGACGAUCUGAACCGUUCUUCUCCAGUCUCUGGACAUCCCUCACGCCCGGCUAGCCGAAAUGCUUUCGAUGACAAUGCCAGUGCUUUGGGUUCAGUGGAAGCUGAGCUGGCGAACCUGCGUCGUGACUCGUCUGCUGCACCCGCUUCGUAUUCUUAUGCUGCUGCUUUGGGUGGAUCUUUAUCAAGAAGCUCAACUCCCGAUCCUCAACGUAUCACUCGAGCUCCCAGUCCUUGCCCGACUCCAAUUGGUGGAGGCAGAGCAGCAAAUCCUGAGAAAAGAAACAUCAACAGUCCUGGCUCAUUCAAUGCUCUCUCCCCUCACCCUAAUAAUGAAAAUGCCGAUCUCGUUUCUGCCUUGUCUGGUAUGAACAUCUCCAAUGGUAUUAUCGAUGAGGAGAAUCAUCAUCUUACUUCUCGGGUCGAUCCAGAUGCUGCCAAUGACCGUAAUAAUUAUCUUUAUAAUCUUCAGGGUGGCCAUAAUAAUAACUCAAGGCAGCAACAUUCUUUUAUGAAAAAGAACAAUAACAAUAAUGUUCUUUUACAAGCUGAGCUGCAGAAAAACGUCGUCCCUUCUAAUAAGAACUUGUACCUUAAGGGAUCUAAUGGUGGCACGCACUUUCAGUAUCAGCAUUUGGACAGCCCCAACAACUCAUCCUUCUCGAAUUAUGGAUUGGGCCCAGGGUACCCAAUGAGCCCGAUAUCGGGUCAACUCGGCAGCUCAAAUUUGCCACCUUUAUUCGAGAAUGCUGCUGCUGCAUCUGCUAUGGGUGUGCCCGGAAUGGACUCGAGGAUGUUGGGUGGCUCGAAUAUCGGGGCUGCUGCAGCCGAGCAUAAUCUCGGUAGAAUUGGAAAUCAACACACUCCUUAUGUGGACCCUUUAUAUUUACAGUACUUGAGGACGGCUGAAUAUGCUGCAGCAGCAGCUCAGGUUGCGGCUCUUAAUGAUCCUUCGGUUGAUAGAAACUAUAUGGGCAAUUCGUACAUGGACCUGAUUCAUAAGGCUUGUAUCGGGAAUUUACUAUCCUCUCCUCAGAAAUCACAGUAUGGUGUUCCUUUGGGUGGAAAGACUGGGUCAUCGAGUCCUCAUGGUUACUAUGCGAAUCCCGCGUUUGGGAUUGGAUUAUCUUAUCCGGGGAGUCCGGUUAUGCAGGGUUCGGGUGGUGGGCCCGGUAGCCCUUUGAGGCAUGGGGACUUCAAUAUGAGAUUCCCCGGUGGUAUGAGAAAUGUGGCUGGGACUGGGAGUGUUAUUGGUCCAUGGCAUUUGGAUAGCAUGGAGAACACUUUUGCUUCUUCCCUGCUUGAGGAGUUCAAGAGUAAUAAAACCAAAUGUUUUGAACUCUUGGAGAUUGCUGGCCAUGUCGUUGAGUUUAGUGCUGAUCAAUAUGGAAGCCGAUUCAUUCAACAAAAGCUUGAAACAGCCACAACGGAAGAGAAGAACAUGGUUUUCCAGGAAAUAUUUCCUCAGGCUCUUGCAUUAAUGACAGACGUGUUUGGUAAUUAUGUGAUCCAAAAGUUCUUUGAACAUGGAAUGGUGGCUCAAAGAAGAGAAUUGGCUGGGAAGCUCUUUGGACAUGUGCUUAACCUAAGCCUCCAAAUGUACGGUUGCAGGGUGAUUCAGAAGGCUAUUGAAGUUGUUGAUGUGGAUCAGAAGAUCAAAAUGGUAGAAGAGCUCGAUGGGCAUGUCAUGCGCUGUGUUCGUGAUCAAAAUGGAAACCAUGUCAUUCAAAAAUGCAUUGAGUGUGUCCCUGAAGAUAAUAUUCAGUUCAUUGUUUCUACGUUUUUUGACCAAGUUGUGACUCUCUCUACUCAUCCAUAUGGCUGUCGAGUGAUCCAGCGAGUUCUUGAGCACUGUAAGGAUGAAAAAACUCAGAGCAAAGUGAUGGAAGAGAUUUUGGGCGCUGUAAGCAUGUUGGCACAAGAUCAGUAUGGAAACUACGUGGUUCAGCACGUCCUUGAGCACGGGAAGCCGCACGAGCGAACUGCCAUAAUUCAAGAAUUAGCUGGAAAGAUUGUUCAGAUGAGCCAGCAAAAGUUUGCUUCGAAUGUUGUUGAGAAAUGCUUAACUUUUGGCGAUCCGAAUGAACGGCAACUGUUGGUGAACGAGAUGCUUGGCACAACUGAUGAGAAUGAGCCUCUUCAGGCUAUGAUGAAAGAUCAAUUUGCAAAUUACGUCGUACAAAAAGUGCUCGAGACCUGUAGCGAUUCGCAACGUGAGCUUAUCAUGUCGAGAAUCAAAGUUCAUUUGAAUGCACUGAAAAAAUACACAUAUGGAAAGCAUAUAGUAGCUCGCGUAGAGAAACUCGUGGCUGCUGGGGAAAGGAGAAUUGCUGCUCAGGCACAACAAUCUGCAUAG